AUAUCAACAGUCAGAUGUAACAGCUGUGUGCUACAAGAGCUUUGGCACUAUUUUAACUUGUUAGUGUUUCAGAUUACAAUUUUCCUGAUGCCCACUUCUUCAGAAUUAAAUAGUGGGCAAAAUUUUUUAGCUCAGUGGAUGUCCAAUCCUUCCCGUGCUGGUGUGAUACUGAAUCGUGGAUUUCCUAAUUUGGAAACAGGGAGAGAGAAUCAAUCAAAGGCAAAUACUUCCUCCAGUUUUACUGUUAAAAGCACGGAAUUUUCAGACAACUGCAGUUUUCUAAGUGACGACUCACUUCAUGAAGAACAGAUAUUGGAUUCUAAAAGCCCUUACAGAGUGCAGUCAGAUACAAAUGAAACACAUGCAGUCUUUCCUCACACUAAAAAGGCUCUGGGCCACUGGGAAAAUACCAGAAUUGAUAUUGAACCUAAUGUGGGUGAUGCCAAAGAAGCAGCUUAUAGAGAUCCACUUUUCAAGAAACUUGAGCAGCUCAAAGAAGUCCAACAGAAGAAGCAGGAGGAACUGAAGAAGCAGCAAUUAGAACAGAUCCAGAGGCUCUUGGAAGAGCAAGAGAAACUUCUGACUAUGGUGUCUGGGCAGCAGACACCCUCAGGCUUGACUUUACUAUCUGAAGAUCAGAGCACCAGAUAUGGAACUUCCAUGAAUUCUACUACUGUACACAAAACCAUGCCAUUCUUGUCACAUAUGUACCACAAUCAAACCAGAGAAAACACUCAUGCUCCUGAAAUUUUACCUUGUGGUUCUGUACAAGAAAGAGAAAUUAAUCCAUGUGGAACUAUGAGUAAGGAAUGUCUCUUAUCUUCAAAAGGUGGUAGUACUUCUCCAGACUUUUUUCAUGAGGCACAAUGUUUAGAAGCAGGUGUAAAAACACAGAAUGAUUUGAAAGAAGAAAAUAAAAAUAUUACAGGGGAAAGUAUACUACCAUGUUGGGAGAAAAUGACAGAACAGUUACCAGAAGGGAAAGAGGUUACAAACUCAAAAAAACCUGGUGAUUCCUCUGAUAUUAACAAUGGAAGAAAAUUGUUAGCAGUGUCUAGUAUUGAAGAAAGGCCAAUUAAAGCUGCUAUUAGAGAAAGGAAACAGACAUAUGAAGAAUUCUUGGAGGAACAGAUUCAGAUAGAAGAACAGGAACUGAAACAAAGGCAGCUACAGGAAGCAGAAAUAUCAUUGCUAACUAAAGCAAUACCAAAACGACCAUUCUUAAAACGAGGAGAAGGCCUAGCUAGGUUUACUAAUGCUAAAUCUAAAUUUUGGAAAUCAAAAGAGAGUAAAUUAAUGAUUCAUCAAAGCAUGCCAGAAGAACAAUCUGUAUUUAAAGCAGACAGACAACAAAUGCAGCGGAAAACUGCCCUUGUAAAUAAGGAACUAGUUACAGAGAUGAAAAAAAGUAAUCAAGUUAGAACCAAGACCAGUUCUACUGCAAUUUCUCAGAAGUCAAAAGUACUUAGGAGUAAUAAUGGAAAAAUUAUUUCUCCAUCAAAAAUGAAAAUACAAAUUGGGAAGAAAUUCGAUGGGCAGUUUAGAGAUCAGAUAAAAUUAGAAAAAAACAGUAAGUUAGACCCUAAUAAGGAAAAUAUACCAGAGUGUACAAAACCCUUUGAAAUUGGUUGCAAAGUCAGAAAUAAGCUGCAAUGCAUGGAAAAGCCUCUUAUUUCUACAGAGCUGACCCAUCCCACCUUGGUAUCUCAAAGCUCGAUGGGUCAUAUUGUAAAAGAUCCAGAAUUUUCUUUUGAAAUUUCAUUUCAGAAGAAAUUAGACAAUUGGGAAAAGGAAAAAGAAAAGGAAAACUUGGAGUUAGAUGAAUUUUUGUUCUUGGAACAGGCUGCUGAUGAAAUAUCAUUCUCUAGUAAUUCCUCAUUUGUAUUAAAAAUACUAGAAAGAGACCAGCAGACUAGCAAAGAUCACAGAAUGUCUUCUACCCCUGUCAAAUCAGGGCAGCAAGUGAAAACAAAUAUAACAGAUAUUGUUACUCCACAUAACCAAAAUAAAAAAUUGGACUAUAUUAAACAAGAUGAUAAGAAUAUAUGUGAAAUAACAAAACAUCUUGAAUCGAAAGCAUUACCUCUUAAUUUGAAGGAACAGACCAGCAAACUCAGCAUAAAAGCAUUUCAAACUAGUACUUCUGAGAAUCAAAUUAAAUGGAAUGUAAGUGAGGAUGAAGAUGUUGGGAACAGUGCUGUCAGCAGUGACUCUGAAGAGCAGCUGGAUACCACCAUAAAAGCAACAGAUGAAGAUACUAGAAAGUUUUUCAGCAACAGCAGAGAAGAUAAUCCAGAGAAAGAUAAUGGUAAAGGGCCUUUCAGAGACACUAGGAGGGAGGGUAAAAGCAGGGAUAUUGAUCUGGAUUUGUCAGAUAAAGAUGACAGUAGUGAUGAAUCCAUUGUGGUAGAAAGCACGAAUGAUGAAGUUCCUGAGGCUUCAAGAAGGGCGUCAUGUACAAAUACUAACAAAAUUGACUUUGAUGAUGAGAGAACAUGGACUGACCUUGAAGAAAAUGAAAGUAAACAUGACAUACUUGGGAAUGAAGAUGUUAAUGGGCUUCCAUUGAUGGACUAUUGCAGUAAAACUGAAAUAGUUAAUUUGGACAAAACAAUAAAAAGGAAGGUUGCACCCAUAAAGAAAGCAGAUGAUUUAUAUAAAUGCACUAAGAGUAUAAGUCCUCCUCCUACUUCUGAUCUGAUGAUGAAACUCUUUCCUUCCCUGAAGCCUAAACCUAGGUCAGGCUCACACUUAGCAUCUGAAUCCGAAUUAAAUAAAAGCCAAGAACAACCACUUGGUGAUAGUGUUCGCUCUCAGAUUUUAAGAGACAAAGUUGUUGAGUUGGAAACAGAAAUUGAAAGAUUUAAAGCUGAAAAUGCAUCAUUAGCUAAACUCCGCAAUGAAAGAGAAAGUGCCUUAGAGAAUCUCAGAAAGGAGAUUGCAGACUUUGAACAGCAGAAAGCAAAAGAAUUGGCUCGAAUUGAAGAGUUUAAAAAGGAGGAGAUGCGAAAGUUACAAAAAGAACGCAGAGUUUUUGAAAAGUACACUACAACUGUAAGAGCAAUUCCAGAUAGAAAGGAACGUGAAGAAAUUCAGGCUUUAAAACAACAAGUAGCAGAUUUACAGGAAGAGUUGAAGCGAAAGGAGACAAAGUGGUCAAAUACACAUGGUCGCCUUAAAAGCCAGAUAGAAACAUUAGCUAAAGAGAAUACUGACCUUCGGGAAGAGAUAAAAAUAAUGGAACGGUUUCGACUUGAAGCCUGGAAAAAAGCAGAAGCUAUUGAAAACAACUUAAAGAAUGAACGUCCCUUGAUUUCUGUGAAAAAAGAAGAGUCUACAAAUCCAUUGUUAGGCUUUCAGAAGAGUCAGAACUUAUCUUCAAGUCAGAUGGAAAAAUACAAGAAAAAUCACUCACCAGGACGAGGAAAUCUGCCUCGGAGACCAAAGUCAGCACCGGUUCAUGAUCUAAGUAAUUCAGAUAAAAGACAGCUCAUACCCAAUGAAAUAUUUGAACCUCUCAUAUGCCCUGUUUCUGAUUCUGAAGUAGAAGAAGAAAUUCAUGGAGAAAUUGGUCAUCCAGAUGGAAAGGUUGAAAAGGUUUUAAAAAGUGGGUGCCAUGUUAUCUUGUUUCCAAAUGGAACUCGGAAAGAAGUGAGCUCAGAUGGAAAAACUAUCACUAUUACUUUUUUCAAUGGGGAUGUGAAAAAAGUCAUGCCAGAUGAAAGAGUGAUUUACUACUAUGCAGCUACUCAGACCACUCAUACCACUUAUCCAGAGGGACUGGAGGUUUUACAUUUCUCAAGUGGACAAAUAGAAAAGCAUUUUCCAGAUGGAAGAAAAGAAAUUACAUUUCCUGACCAGUCCAUUAAAAAUCUAUUUGAAGAUGGGAGAGAAGAGAGCAUUUUCCCAGAUGGUACCAUUGUUCGAGUACAACAAGAUGGCAGCAAAAUAAUAGAAUUUAACAAUGGCCAAAGAGAACUUCACACUCCCCAGUUCAAGAGGCGAGAAUAUCCAGAUGGCACCAUUAAGACUGUAUAUUCUAAUGGCCACCAAGAAACAAAGUAUAUAUCUGGUCGAGUAAGAAUUAAAGAUAAGGAUGGUAAUGUUCUGAUGGAUACCAAGUUGUAGCAAACUGUUUCUUACUCAUGAAGUGAUAUGUGGUGCUUUGACAACAAAUUUCCAUUUUUUCUUUUAAAAAUGUGUAUUUCUGUAAAUUCUACAGCGGCUUGUUAAUCUGUACAUAGUGUAUAAAAUGAAAAGUUUUGAUGUUUUCAAAUAUCUAAAAUAAAGAUUAAAUUUGAUAGCUUG